UAUAGUGAAACGGACGGUAUCGUAGAGAAGUGUGUCAUUCCGAUUUUCAUGCCAGUAAUUACAUUAUUUCGAGCUACAAAUCGGUCGUUUAUAACGGAAAAAGGAUUAAUCGUUGUUCAUUAUUGGAUUACAAUUCAUAAAUCUGCUAUGGGUGAAUAAAAAUGGGCAAAACGGGGAGUAAACACGUGCAUAGAACGCGGUGUGAUUCCCUGGCUCCAUCAGAGUGCUUUCUUGUGAACGCGCACUUAAACAAAGCCUGGGAAGACCAGAUUUGGAAGAAAACAACCAAGACUGGUUACAACCUUGCCAACUACAACAUGAACCAGUCCAUGUCGGAACUGUCAAUUUGCCUGGAAGAUAAGCAAGACAACACAGACAAAAAGGACAACAACAGUGAUUCUAAUGUCCCUUUAAAAGUUGACUUGCCACCAGUUAAGUUGGAGAAUGGUUCGGGAAAAGUGUUCACCUUCGAUCAGUUAGAGGACCUUGAAAAGGCAGAUAAGCCGGCGUCCAGGCUAAAUAUAGAGGAAUUCGAAUGUGGUGUGCAUUUUGGGGGAGGAGAGAAUUCCAAGCAGGAGUGGUCUUUCACAUUGUAUGACUUUGAUGGACAUGGGAAAAUUACAAAAGAGGAUUUGGUUGGGCUUCUGAAAGCCCUCUACGAUGCCAUUGGCUCCUCCAUAAAGAUCCCAAAUAAUGGAACUAAGACCCUUAAACUGCGCCUCAGUGUUGGCCAGGAAACACAAAUGAAUGGGGACGCAACCCAAACAUCUCUGGGUAAGAGUGACAAACCAAACAAUCAAAAGGAGGAAAAAGAGGUGAAAACUACCCCAAAGAAAAAAGAUAGUGCCAAAGUGAAGGAAAGUGACCUUUCUAAGGCAAAAGAAAGUCCUAUUAGCAAAACUAAGGAAAAUAUUAAGCAAAAAGACUCUUCUCGAGCAAAAGUGAAGGAAAUUUCUCGACUGAACAAUUUGGUUGGAAGUAGAGGUGCUCCAAAGUGCAACAAUGAAACACAGGCUCAGAGCAAGAUGGCUGCCAAAGAGCGACUGGGUUCCCACAAACACAAGGAGCUGGUUAGUCUGGUGGAGGAAAAUAUGGAGCGCAACCAUGUGAAGCCUCUCAGACGUCACCAUAGCGAUUGCCGCGGUUGCCGGGUUGAGACUCCGCUCAAGAGGCGGCAGCGAUCAGCGCAGACAACAAACACUGCAAAAGACAACAACUCUAAGCAGAGGCAGACGACAAUCUCUGCUGCUACCAAGGGAGGUAAACCAGAGGAGGAUAACUCUCCUAAGGAGUGUCAGGACCGCAGAAAUUAUUACCUGGACUUGGCUGGUGUGGAAAAUAACUCCUCAAAAUUUCAGGACAGCCCGAAUGCAGCAUUAGAAAGUGAGAAAAAAACAGAAAUGAAUAACUCGCAUGUGAUUACCUCAACUUCUCAGUCAGUUAAACCUUUCUCAGCAUUAUCGCCGGGACACUUCUUUGUGCCGAGACAUUUUAGGUCAAGGUCGCAUGAAACCAAAGGUGAAAUGGUUCCAGAGGACACUUUACCUGACCAUUGCCAAUCACCCAAUGAUGAUGCCACACCUCGCGCGGAACACUUGCGGUCAAGAUCAUUUGAUCCACAGGAUUCCAAAGUCAGCAAUAUCAGAGCAACUAGUGGAAAUCCUUAUUUUCUUACCAAAUCACACACUCAAAAGCAAUCACCUACUCAAAGGCAAUCACAGACUCAAAAUGGUGCGAAAUUUCGACCAGUCAGUUUGCCUGGCCAGAUUCCGGAAAUGGUUUCGCCACAUUAUCACCGUCGACAUCGGCAUCGAGACAAAAAUCAUGAUCUGGCAAUGCAGCAGGUAGCGGAGUGGAUAGAACAUCAACAGAUGGUGGAAUAUGAGGGCGAGAAUGUUGUGAUACAGCGCCAUGAGCAUCAUCACAUUCACGAGCACCACCACCACCAUCAUUACCACCACUACUAUGAGGCCUAGUGGUUCCACAAGCUGUGGCGUACAAUGUCAUACAAUCGGAAAGUGUUGUCCCUGAUCCCUAUCUUUGACGACACUUUUCGCACAUGCAUUAAAAGUUAAAACCAGAACUGUUAUCCCUUUACGGCUCAGAUACACACUAAGACACAUGUGUAGUACCUUAAACAAUAAAAUUAAUUUUAAGAUCUGUCUUACUAUAUUCAAGUUUUAAAAGCUUUAUUUCAAACACCAAGAUAAUGAUGAGUAUCAAACAGGCAAAGACCUGAACAAACUGCUAGUUACACGCAGGCUGCUCUCGAUUUUUUAUGCCUGUUGCAUAUAGCCAUGUUUACUUUUCUUCUGAGCGGGAAAGGGUAACGUUUAUUUAAAGCAAUUUUCUUGAUGUCAUCUUUAAAUUUCAAUACUUCAGAGUUCUCAGAGAUUUCAUAUGCAUUGUUACAUUGGGAGAAAAUUUAUGGACGAAUGUUAUUCAGACAUUUUCAAAUAUUAUUUUAACAUUUGUCUGUGACAAUAAUUUUUAUGUUGAGAUCAGUAACUGUGUUAGAUGUUAUGAUACAUAGCAGUGGCACAUGUGGAGUAGCAAAAUAUAAGUUCAUGGGCACUGACUAUAUAUUGUACAGUUAGGUUAGAGUUUGAAGCAACAGUGAUAGAGUUUCAUAUAUUUGUUGCUAGCUUAAGUCCACUCAAGCAUUCUUAUAGAGCAGUGAAAGGAAAAAAUAAAUAUUUUUUGAGGAUGUUAAUCUUACAUACAUGAUACCACCACAACUAUACACAGGCCCUAGCCUCUGAUUUUUAUUAAUGUACAGGUAAUGAUGAGUUUUAUUUGACCUUGUCAUCUUUAACCCUUUACCACUUAGAAACGUAUUUUGACGCAUUUGUAGUCCCAUAGAAAGUUAAAUUUAAUUAAAGACCUUUCUUACUAGAUUCAAGUUUUAAAGGCUUCAUUUCCAAUCCUUUGAUACUUAUGAGCCGCAAACAACAUAAACCUAAACAGACUGCAAGUAACUGGCAGGCUGUUCGGGUUUUAUGCUAUUUGCACAUAGCUGUUUUCAAUUUCUUCUGAGUUGGAAAGGGUUAAAGGACAUACAUGUCUUAAGCUAGCUGGUCUCUAUCCUGUUUCUGUUGCAUAACAACGCUAUAUGGGCAAUGAGAAAGUAGGGAACUCUUGAAUAGUUGUUUGAGGGUUGUAACAAUAUUCGAUGCUGUAUUGUGAGUAAUAAGGGGGUGGGGACAAACUGUCCAGAGUUGAAUUAUUUUGUAAAUAAAUUAAUUUAAUUAAUGUAGGGGUAAUAAUAAUAUUUCUUUGGAAGUAAUCAGAAUGAUGGAUCAAUUACUGAUAAAUAUGAGCUGCACUCUGAUAAAACCAGGCUAAAUGUAUGUGAGCAGUCUGGUAUGGAGCAAACCAGGCUAAAUGUAAGUGAGCAGUCGGGUAUGGAGUAAACCUGUCUGCUAAUGACACCACAAAACCAGGCUAAAUGUAAGUGAGCAGUCUGGUAUGGAGCAAACCAGGCUAAAUGUAAGUGAGCAGUCUGGUAUGGAGCAAACCAGGCUAAAUGUAAGUGAGCAGUCUGGUAUGGAGCAAACCUGUCCUGUCGGCUAAUAAGACCGCAAAACCUUGCAUGCCUUUUAAGCGGAGAGCUUAGCUCCUGAUCAGACAAUGCAGAUGUGCGGGCUAGUCAUUAUCUACCCUGGCUGCAUAUGGAAUAAGGCCCAUUUUGGCAUAAUGUGGCUCGUACAGUGCAGGAUAUUUAUUCCACAGGGUUGCAGCUCUAGGGUGUGUUGUGGGCAGUGUCGGUAAACAAGUUUUGUGAUGAGUCUUGAGAUUAAUGGUCUUGCAUUUAUUGUAUUUUGUACUUUGUAAUUGUGAUACUUUGUGUUGUUUUGUGUCUGAGUGUUUUGUCGUGUGGUGAUGUAAAUAAAAGAAAGCAAUCAUUUGUACCUUUUGUGGGCUCUUCUGUCGGAAAUGUUUUAUCAGCCCAAGGUGUAUUAUCAUAAAAAUUAACAAUAGAUAUCAAAAUUCACAGGUGUUGAUUAAAAACUGUAUUAAACAUAAAACAGUGCAGAACAAAAAUAUAGGAGCCAAACUCUGUACAAAGGGGGUUUAAUGCAAGUGCGUAAAGUGUCGUCCCAGAUUUACCUGUGCAGUCCAUUUUUAAAAAGUCUAUUCUUAGCAAAAGUCCAGUUAAGGCAGAAAGCGUCUUUACUGAUCAGCCUGUGUGGACUGCACAGACUUAUCUGGGAUAACACUUUACACACAUGCAUUAAACCCCCUUUUCACAGAGCACGUCCCAAAUAUUGAAGCAACGUUGAUAAUUAUGUUAAGGUUGCAUUUUGAAAAUUAUUUUUUAUUUGAAUGUUGUUGAAAUAAAAACAAAAGAAACAUUUGUUACUUUUCUUAAAAACUUUAUUUGUUGGAAGACAUGAGAGUUGUGGCUGUAUUAGGGUAAUGACAAAUCAUUUAUUAUGUAAUCAAUAUUUUGUCAAAUUUUGUAAAUACAUGGACAAUGUUGUGUAUAGAAUGUAACAUUUGCUGGACAAAUCAGCUUUUAUUGUAAAGCAUUCGUAAACAAUGGUUGUUGUCUUUCUUGAAGUUUCUCAUUUCUGUAAAUGUCUGUAAUUUUAAUUUUACUAUAAAACCUGAUUAAAUUAAACAAUUAAAAAAAAAAUUUUGUCAAUAAAAAACAAGAGUGAACCUAAUGGUGGUUUCUGAUUUCCAUAUAAGCUGAGAGUAACACAUUGGUUGCGCUGGCUAAUUAGGUAUAUCAAUUUUCUGCUAAGAUUGCAUUUUCAUUUAGAAGUUUCUUAAAUAAAAAAUUCCAUAACAUUUGAGUAUGUUGUCCUCGAUAAGACUGUGUGGACUGCACAGGCGAAUCUGGAACAAUAAUUCCCAUCCAUUUAUAAAGCCUCAUAAGACUGUGUGGACUGCACAGGCUAAUCUGGAACAAUAAUUCACACCCAUUUAUAAAGCCUCAAGACUGUGUGGACUGCACUGGCUAAUCUGGAACAAUAAUUCCCAUCCAUUUAUAAAGCCUCAUAAGACUGUGUGGACUGCACAGGCUAAUCUGGAACAAUAAUUCAUGCCCAUUUAUAAAGCCUGAUUUUUUGCAGAGCAUGGCACAUUUAUAAUUUUUGUACUUAAUAUAAGUCCAAGCAGUUCAGUGUAGUGGUAAAACUGAUUUGCUUUUUACCUUGAUAAUAUGCUAUGAUGGCUUUUUAUGGGCACUGGUCUUAUCAGACUCAGUUGUAACCUAUGUAAUGUGUUUCAAUAAGCAUGCAGCCUUGGACUUAAAGUGGCAUGCAUUAAAUAUCUUCGAGAAAAAGUAAAUUAUGUAUACUAAUGAUAUGCAUUUUUACUGAGUGUUUAUGAUGUAUCACCGUCAAUCAUGAUAUAUUUUGAUUUUUAAGAAAUAAUUGUUAUCAGCAGUGUAUGAUUUGUUACAAGUCAAUUUAGGACAAGUAUAUGUAUAUAAUUUUGUAUGUGAUUUAUUUUUUGUAAAAAAUUUCCAUUUGUAUUUCAUCUGGGGCUAUGUUCUAAAAACAUAUUUUGAUAAAAAAAUAUCCUGCACUUAAAUCACCAUGUUUUUUAUAUAAUUUAUUAGUCAUAUUUAUUAAUGGCUUUUAUUGAUAAAAUAUACACUGCAAUACCUGUUAACAUUUAUUUUUGGUUUAAGAGGAUAAAAAAAGAAGCUAUAUUUCAAGAUGUAUCUGGAAUGUAGCCCCAGUCGAAGCAAGUUUCUACCUCAUCGUGCACUGUUGGGAUUAUUUAUGUUGUACAUAAUUUUCUUACCAUGACACAGGCAUACAUUGUUUUUCUUCUAUCAGGUGUUAAGUGUAGUGUAGCUCAAAUAAAUUGACUUUGACCCAUGUGCACCAUACUCCACGGGAUAAACCCAUGCAACAAAUUUAUUAUUUUUAAAUAUAAAAAGACAAUUGAGCCGCGUUCUGAGAAAACUGGGCUUAAUGCAUGUGCGUAAAGUGUCGUCCCAGAUUAGCCUGUGCAGUCUAAUCAGGGACGACAGUUUCCGCUUAAACUUUUCGGUCAGGAGGGACUUCCUUGAAACUAACAAUACCAUAAAAGCUGAAAGUGUCGUCCCUGAUAAGCCUGUGCGUACUGCACAGGUUAAUCUGGGACGACACUUUACGCACAUGCAUUAAGCCACGUUUUCUCAGAAUGACGUUCAAUUAUUUUUCUUCUGAAGAGAUUUGUAUUCAAAUCAGGUAAAAUGAGGAACAGAUGCCUUUAGAGUUAUUGGAGUAAAUACUAUUCCAUUCAUACCAUACAUCUAGUGUAUAUUUCACUUGGAUCAUAAGUAAAUAACUUUCUUACAAACAAAAUUGUCUUCAGCACAGUUUUUAUUAGGUUUUGCAAUUACAAAUGAUGUCAUUUUAAAAUGGAUUGAUUUCUUUGGACUUGUCUUAAGUUUGUUACAGCAUUGAGAACAAACAAAACUUAAAGUUUAAAUAAAAUAUGGCAUAAGGUAAAUCCUUUAAGAUACAAUUAUUCAUUUUAUUUAGAAAUUCAGUGAGCAGGCAAGUAACCAUUAUUGUAAAUUUCAUUUUCAUUUAUGUUUUUCCCAUCUUACUCUAGCAGAUGUUAAAUAAAAGGGUUAAUUGUAACACAUUUUGUAUUUCAUAUAAGACAACUCUUUUAAAUCUUUCUGCCAUCAAACAGUUCUAGAAUUGCCUCCCUUACAUUACUAUUGUGUAUAAGUUAUAAAUAAGUCACUUCAAUUCACUGACAUGUUACUGUUAUAUUAGUGCAAUUCAUUAACCUUAUAUUAUUUUGUAACACAUGUUCCUAUACAAUCUUGUAUAAAAAGUGUAAAUAAUUGGCGCAAAUGAAUUUGAAGAAGGUCUUUGGUUCUACAAUUGGCUUAUAUUGAACUAGCCAACAAGUAUGGAGGUAAUAGUACUCUGUUUUGAAGAUUCAACAUUUCAUUUUCAGUUUUGUAGUAACUAUUUUUACCAAAUAUGUAUGUGGCAUAUUUGAUUAACAGACACCAAAGAGUUAUUAUUAUUGUAAAAUGAUUGAAUAAAACUAUUGUUUAAA